ACCACCUGAGCCAACCGACCGCCCCUCGUAUGUUCUCUCUUGAUUGACAGUACAUGUAUGAGAUUUAUCUACACCAGAGCUGCUCCCGAGUGGUGUCUGCCUGCCCCACUCCAGGAUGGGGACACACUGGGAAGGGCCGUCUCCAUGACUCAGGACAUGAGUCCCUUCCUGGUCCCAUCACCCAGCCGUCUUGUGUGGCCGCAGAGGGCAGGGCAUCUGGCCACCUUCCAAGCCUGCGUGCUCUCAUCUCUUCUAGAAUUGGUCAUUUUCAAAGCUUAGGAAAUCUGCUCGGGGAGGAAGCCUCAGCAGUAAUGAAAGCAAACAUCCAGGGUGAAUUCUGAACCCCGCUUUGAAAAUGAAUGACUGAGCUUUCUGAUCUGCCUGAGAUCCUUGGAAUUUAGCGCAUUUGAGUCAAACAGGCCACUUAAAAUGAAGCUCUAACUUUGUCAGGAGCCACCUGCUUAAGGACAGUGAAAUUAAGCAUACUUGGUUUCAGUCAAAUUUUGCAAGUUGAGAGUUGGCUUCCAGACCCUACCUAACCUUUGGAUAUGAUGCCAGGCUCCCUGGCAGCGUGGGGACAUCCUGUGUUUGUGUAGCAUUUUCCAGCUUACUUUUAAUCUUCCCCCAAAACCCAUUCACUCCAUUUUAUAGAUAAGGAAAUGGAAGCUCUGCUUGACGAGGGCAGAGCCAAGUCCAGAGCGGGUUUUAGAAUUCUUCCCCAAAUACUCCAGCUCGUCCAGGCCAAACAUUAGGAUUGGGGGCUUAGCCCCUGACUCCUGUUUUUCUGAUUUGCAAGGGCUUGGGGGGGGGAGAAGCUCGGUGGCGAGACAGAGACGUGCCUCUUGAGGAGGUGUUUGUACUGCAGCCAGAGAUCACGCGAACGUGCUCAGAAAUGUACAGCUAGAAUCGAGUAUGUCCUACUGGGCUCGGCUUGCAAAGCAGAAAUGAGGUCUGGGAGGUUAAACCCAGCGAACGUCACUCCUUGCACUUUGCUAAGGUGAUAGGGGAUGGUUUGCAAAGGACCACGGAGUCACCGUGGGACAGGAGGGGGCCAGCCCUCCCGACACCCGGCACUCCCACCUGACUCUCUGCUUCCCAUAGCAGCCAGCCAGCACCUCCCAGCGCGGGACCAGUGCCGAGACAGAGUCGGUCCCUGCUAAGGGCAGCAGAUGCCCGUGUUGUCUUACGGGUACAUCAGUGUGUGCUUCCGGAUACUUGUGGGGUCAGCGAAGCAAGCUCCAGCUCCAGGUGGCUGUCAGCAGUGACCCCGGCAACAGAAGUGAUGCCCAGCACCUGGCACAGUGCCUGAAAUAAAGCAUGUGCCAACCGAUUUCAGUUUCCUUUUGUCCCUCACAGGUAUGCACUGAAACAGUGGAAGCAAGUCAUGUGCGGCUUGCUUGAGGACGAGAGGGACGUCAGGACACAGAAAAGCUGUCACCACAGCUGCUGAAAACACAGACCCAGGAGGGACAGACAUGAGCAAGGCUUGUCCUUCAAGGAAAGAAUCAGCUCAGCUCCCUCAAGGUUAAAAAAACAAACACUUUAUCACUUGCUGAAUUCCUAUUUUCUUAGGAAUCCAGGGCAAUGAGGUAAGUGUCUCCAUGCCUCGGAAAUUGGCCUUCCUGGUUCGGGACAGGUGUGUGGUCUGGGACAGGGGCAGCUCAGCUCCCAGUGGCUACACCCCUGGCGGUCACAGCCACACCCGAGGCAGUGCCAGCCCGGGGCCAGCAGAUAGCUUGCAGGGUGCAGGCUCGGGGCGCUGAUAGCCGGUGCCGCACCCUCGGGCCUGACACUCGCUCGGGCUGCACACACUGUGCUGGGUACACCAGCAGCCCUUUCAGCCACCCAACAAGAUAAGGUUUCUGUGGGUGGGGGCUCCACACUAGACUUUGCUUCUCCCAGGGGUUCGCCACACAGCACACAGUCCAAAAGUCCCUUCGGAGCUGAGCUUUCCACAUGGGCAUAGCUGGCCUUGCAGCUCGCUUGUUAACCAUCAGACAGGGUUCAGAGGAAGAGCUCAGUACCUCCCGGGGCUUCACCCUGCGAGCCUAACCUGUGACAGCCACUAGACUCCCAGCCACUCACCAGGUCAGAUGCUCCCUCUAGACUGAAGGCUUUUCACCCUUCAGCAGUGAUGCUUAUGACACCACCGGAUGACCUCUUGAGACUGUCAUUCCACACCACAGAUCAGGUACACCUCACAUUCCGACUUCAAAUGAGAGGCCUAUUUAAGGGUCCAGCGGGACCUCCGAGUCACUCCUGCUGAAUUUUUCCAUCUCACGUGGCAGAAAGAGCAGCAUGGGAAAUAACAUCCCUGCUCCACGCCAAACACUGGCCAUAAGACCCAGUGCGGCCCCCAUCACGAUCCCAUGUGGUGCUUGCUAUUACGUCCGUUUUACAGACCAGGAAACGGGGGCAGAGGGGAACCCAGUCACUUGUCCAAGGCCCCACAGCCAGUGAGUGCGGAGCUGAGGUCUGACCCUGUGCAGUGCUCUUUGCUCCUGGCCCGGGAGUUCCAGCGCCCCUUCUCCAGGUGGGGGGCCGUGAGCAGACACCCCGGGGGCAGUGCAGGAGCUCCGCCCAGCCUCUCCAGGAAAAGGGGAGGGCGGGGCCGGAGCGCAGAGCUGGGUGUUGGGGAGCAAGGUACAGGACCUUGGGAGCACUUGACACACAGGACCACGUUCCCUGCGAACACACUGCACUUCUUCCUGUUCAGUCGGGGUGCCUUUUAUUUCUUGCUUGAUGGCCCGGCUGGGACCAGUGCAGUGUGGAGCAGAAGUGGCAAGGACAGACACCCUCGCCUUGUCCCCAUCGUGGAGGGGAGCCCCCACCCUUUCGCCAUGAAACAGGAUGUUGGCUGUGGGUUCUUUAUAGAUGCUCUUUUUGAGAAUACUUUAGAAACCUAAUUAUUUGGACAUUUUUUAAAAACAGCGGCACCUUUAUUGGUAACUUUCUUAUUUAUGACAGUAUUUAUUACUAGCCAGACAUGAUUUUUUUCAGGACAUAUCAGGUUGGGGGAAGAAAACCGGCAAGAAUGUUUUGAAGCCGGCAGGGUGUGGAAGAUGGGGGCAGCGGGAACACCCCAGGCUGCAUGCGGUGUGCCGCGGGCUUCUAGGGGAAGGUGACCCACGGGGCCUCGAGAUUUGUGGGACAGCACUUGGGGCAUCAACUCUUCUGUGCAGCAGUGGAUUUCAAGGAAGCUACAAGGCACCAUUGGGAGCGAUCCAACUUGGGCGUGAAAUGAGGCGAUACUGGUCUCGCCCCUGGAAGGCGUGCUCCACUCCAGGGCCUGAGUUAGCCACACGCGUGUCAGGGUGACACGUGGCUCAGGGACUCGCCUCUAGGAAUUCUCCUGGAAGUAUGGCCACUCUGUACACUUACACUUUGCUCAGCCUGUCCUCCAUUUCUGGCUUGGGCCACCCCUCGCCUUAUCUCACUGGAGCAGGGUUCCUUUAGUUACAAAGCGUCACCCAGAAAACUCCCUGAACCACAGUCAACAGCAAACUCCUGGGGGAAAGCUCUCCUGUUUACUCAGGUCUCCCAGGCUGUCAGUAGAGAGUCCCUGGAGCGCGAUUGGCACAGAGGAAGCGAAGGCUUUAUGGAUUUGGGCAGCUGCCUCAAGCGCUGUAUAAGUUCUGAGCCAGGAAGUGACAAUAACUUAUCAUCCAUUAAAGUAAAAUCAAUCAGAUGUUUUAAGGGAGAGAAGAUUUUCCCUUUCAGCUCAAACAAACAAAAGCCAGCUUGGACAAUGGUGACCCCACUUCCAUUUGCAAGAUGGCUCUCGUCAAGCUGUCCUGUAGUCUCUCACCGGCGACUUUUUACGCAUCCAGGAACAGGACGAGGAGAAAGCACUCACAGAUUAACGGGGAGCCAUUCCCCAGCAUUUUGCGAGAAUCCUGAUCUGGCUGCCUGUGCUAUGAAUCCAGUCUUCCUUAUGUACGGUCCUGAUUAUACAUGACAAAAUCAACAUUUUCACGAGUGACACGAGGAGGGUAACUGGAAGGGCCGGUCUGAUCAUUUCAAGUGGACUUCCCUGAGUUCCCUGAGCACGGGGAGUUGGUUCAGAAAGUUCUGAGGUCGUGCUGGGGUCUAGCCCGCCAGCUCACAGCACCCUGGGGAGCUGCCCAGCCUCAGUCCUGCCUCCAGGUGUGUCUACAAAGGAACAGGCCUCCAAAUUAUCUCCAGGAGGGCAGCUGACCCUCUGGAGCCCACAUAAAACUCAAUGGAGAAAUUUGAGAGCGCGGAGGGACGCAGCAGAAAAGUAAUUCCAUCCUAUACCUUCAAAAUGCCACUUCCGAUCAUUUCUGCAUUAAACAGAUGGUGAAAUCUGUUUGAGGGUCAAUGAUCCAAAUGACAGCUACAUUUAAGAAACCGUACAAGGACAUUUAAGAGAAGGAAUAAGCCAGGUGAGGAAAAAGAGCUCUCGCUCCCAGCAGCGCUGAUAUUUAGUAGCUAUUUCUCCACGGACCACAAAUGAACAGAUAGCUCCACAGGCACACCGUUCAUUAUUUCUCCUGCUUAAGAACCCAGUGAGGCGCACAGCAGGGUGGGUCAUAAAGUGGGUUUUCCCAGCACCUCCUCGAGUCCCUCAGUCCCUCGUCAGUGUGGCUGCAGAGAGCUGGGAAAGUGAGGCUGACGCUGUCAGGACGAUGGCAGCUCUGUCCCUCUUAGAGAUCCCAGCUAUAAUCCAUGUACAUUCAGCUUUACAGUGAGAUAGCCACAACUUGGUCGUUUACAAGAUUCAAGCUUCACAUUUUUAAUUCCAACACUUUGGGGAAUUAUGAGCACAUUGCUGUGCUGGGAGGGGGCGGGGAAAGAGACGGCAGCAAGAUGCAAGCUCAGCGGCCAGUUCCUGGUCCGUGGGACGCACCUACACUGACACAGACUCUGUUCAGGUCAGUUAAGCAAACGACCUGCUGCCUCCUAUCUAGAGCGUGACUUCUACGUGACAAGGACUGAACAGCAUGCCUGGAUGGAACCGAAUCUCCCCGGCACCUGGUAAUGCAGCAUUUCAGGAAUCUACGAAUAGCAGGUUUGUAACAAGACGGGACAGAUCCUAGGUUCCCUUGCGGGUGUGAUGACAGAUAUUCCCAAACAGAUUCUUGACCCAAAAGGCUCUCUGGGCAAGCCCUGGGCCACACUGGCCCAUCUGGAGCCCAGUCUCCCAGAGAUGUGAUCUCAGGGACAGGAAAGUCGCCAGGGUCAGAGGCAGGGGGGGAUGGGGAGAAGCCACGGGACGCAGAAGAAAAUACAAACCUCAACAAGUCAUUAACUGGAGCUGAUCUGAUGAGGCCAGUGCAGGGCAAACGAUGUUACCUGAAUGGGGUGCUUGCCUGCCACCUGCCACCUUCUUCAGUGUGGCCACAGAAUGAGGCCCUCCCUGACGGCCCCCUACUAAAUGCCAUGCUCCAUGUGGGGUGCAGGGCACAGUGGUGACCAGGCCGAGAAGGAAGAAUACAGUCGAGUGAAGGGAGCCAGCUCAGGACGACCAAGGAACAGGAGGGUGACAGAUGGGGUGAGGGCUCUGCAGGACAGAGCAGUGAUGUGACAACACGGAGCGAGCACAGAAGGUACACAGGUGUGGGGACAGGCGAGGGCUGUGCUUGGAGACCCGUGUGUCUGGAGGGUGGUGACAGACUAGAAGAGCGGUAAGAGAAAUCAAUUGUUAUCAAUAAUGCUUACUAUUAGCACAUAUAUUAUUUAGUGUGUGUCAAAUACUGGUCCACCAAUAUGAGCUCAAUAAUCCCCUCGCAGCAUCCCUAUGAUAUAUUAUUGCUCCCAUUCUGCAGAGGAGAAAACAGCAUCAGAGAGGUUAAGUCAUCUGCCCAAGGUCACACAGCUACCACAGAGAGAACCUGGAUUCGCACACAGCCAGGCAGCCUAGCUCCAGGGUCUUGGCUCUCAGGCCUUGGCUGUCUUGCCUCUCAACGAGGUUGGAGUCACCUUUGACCACACCUGACCUCUCCUGAAAUAUUUCUACCUCCUCAGAACCUCUCUGAGCAUAUUAGCAAGAGUAGAAAACUAAUAAUUAACUCCAAGUCUGUGACUGGUUAAAGCCUGAGAUCUUUCUAAAUGGAAAAAAAAAAAAAAGAAAACGUGGAACAGGUCCAAAAGUGAGCUUUUUUUUUGAGUGUCAGCACUGCAGUAUGACAGAAGAGUGGAGAUUACAGGAAGGAGAAAAACAUCCUCCAAUCUUUUAGGUAUACAGGUGUGCAAGGAGCAAAGCAACACCGAAAUUGGCACUACAUUUUUACGUCAUGACUUCCACAUAACCUGUCCCUUAAUGGGCAUUACACAGGAACCGAGGGGUUAUAGGGACACUCAGGUCUGAUUUCCAGAAGAGGGAAAAAAAUCUCGAAUGGGUCACACUGACACCAUUUGGAUUUCCCAUCACAAGAAACAUGGGCUGACAGCGCUUAACUCUCAGCAGCUGCAGAGUCCCCACUGGGGAACCAGCCAUUCUGAGUAAAGGAGACACCUGCCAAGCUCCUGCCUGAGACGGGGUGUAACUCUUUAUGCCUGUCUGCACCAAUCAUUCCCAUUUCUCAGGCUGCAGGAAUAAAAUAUCACUUAUUAUAAAAAGAGCAUACUAAGGUACCAAAAUUCCAGCUAAUGAACAGGUCAACUCUAGAAAGAACUCAGAGGGUAGCAGGGGGACCUGUGAUUCCAAAUGCUGGACUCCUUAAGGGUAUUUGCAAAUGUAUUUGGAAGUUAGGACCAGUGUCCCAUCUCCUCACUGCUUUUCUCCCCAAAUGACAGGUAGAUCGAUAAGACAGGCAGACGCUGUAAGAGAGGAAGGGACACCUCGGGACUUCCAUUUUACACAGCAACGACCAGCCGGACAGCUGCUGAAUUCUUUUUCAGGAGGAUGGAGUACUCAUAAGGAGUAUUAAUGAAUUCAGUUGCAAAACCAUAGCAGUAUAUUCUCUUAAACAAAUACUGCUUUAAAAAUGUGAAAUGGUUCAUGGUCAGUUGUGCUUGGUUGAUGGUGUUCUGAAUAUGGAUUCAGAAUAUUUAAAUAUAAAUAUAGGGAACAAUAUACUUAUGUGCAGCUAGCACUAAGUUCCUUUUUGACAGAUUGAUUUGUCAUCCCCUUCAUUGCAGAUUGUCCCUGGGGCUUUUCAGCAUUUUUCUGGCUAAUGGGGUAAAGCCCUUCUUUCGUGUAUGCUCAUUCUCUGCUAUCUAAUCCUUUCAGGAUUGGGUCUCCCCCGAAAGCUAGGCCAGCCUUCUCCAGGAAGCCCCAGGAGUGCAGUUUCCAUGGCUGUCCACCGCGUCUCUACCUAUAUAUAGUAACAUGGGAAAAAAAGAUGCUUGACAAAGUUUUCUAUUUCUGUAACAAUGUGUCAGAAGGGAAGCUUAACAGAAGGUCUUGCUGGAGCGAAAUGUGUUUGUUUGGAUUUUGGAUGCUGGUUUUAGUUAACUCAGCUACAUUUAACUCCUGUGAGGAUAAGCAUUCUUGAUCCCCCGACUCAGAUACUCGCGAACCAAAUCCAUGGAACUAAACCCACUGAACUGAAUUCGUUGAAGUGUAGCCUGUCACCCUGACCAAUAACCUUGGGUGCCUCCCAACACUGCAGGCUGGCAGAUCUCCAGGUCUCCCACUAGAAGCCCUCGCUCCAGCCCCCACGCACAGAGGAAUCUGAAAUCCGCGGAGGUCCCGCAUGACCACGCCUAGUUUCUUCCGCGCACCUGCAAAGACCAUCCAUCUGCAAAGCAGCUCCCCCGGCCACUCCGGCUCCACGUCCAUGAGCCCGUCAGCAGCCUUGUCCACAGGGAAGCCGAUGGACAGCCACCCCAGCUACACGGACACCCCGGUCAGUGCUCCGCGGACCCUGAGUGUGGUGGGCAGCCCCCUCAAUGCCCUGGGCUCUCCGUAUCGCGUCAUCACGUCCACCAUGGGCCCGCCCUCAGGAGCUCUGGCAGCCCCACCAGGAAUCAACCUGGUUGCCCCACCCAGCUCCCAGCUCAAUGUGGUCAACAGUGUCAGCAUUUCAGAGGACAUCAAGCCCUUACCAGGGCUUCCUGGGAUUGGAAACAUGAACUACCUGUCCACCAGCCCGGGGUCUCUGGUUAAACAUAUCUGUGCCAUCUGUGGGGACAGAUCCUCAGGAAAGCACUACGGUGUGUACAGCUGUGAAGGCUGCAAGGGCUUCUUCAAGAGAACCAUAAGGAAAGACCUCAUCUACACCUGUCGCGACAACAAGGACUGCCUCAUCGACAAGCGCCAGCGCAACCGCUGCCAGUACUGCCGCUACCAGAAGUGCCUGGUCAUGGGCAUGAAGAGGGAAGGUGAGGCCCCCCACUGCCCUCCCCGCUCAGGGGACAGCAGCUGGCACAUACGACAUGGUGAGAGACAGACGCGGCACGGGGCAGGAGGUGUUCGAGGGGGAGGCUGGGAUGACUCUGGAGAUCAUGAUUUCUCGAGAAUUGCAAUCGAAUGUCCCCUGCCCUAGGAAAUGUGUCCCCGG